UUUCGCCGCUGCCAGUGGCAUUUUGUGCUUGCUCCCGCGCGCAAUGUGAAUUUUACUGAGGCAUUGAGUCUGUCUAUUUUGUUGUUAACGUUUUGCAGAUUGCUGCUGCUGCUGUUGUUGUUAUUGUUGCUGUUGCUGUUAACCAUUAGCCGUUUACAGUUAACAGUGGUGUUUUGAUUUUGUUGUUGCUGCUGUCAUGUCUGUUAACCGUGACAACGAUCGCAAGUAUUUGCGCAGCAUUGGCGGACUGUGCAAGAUCGCCUGCCUGCUUUGCGGAUUUAUUGGCUUUCUGUGCAUUGUGUGCAGCACGGUGCGUUUGAGCAAUUUUCGGGGCUGCUUCUACUUGGUCGUCAUCGUGCUUGGCUUUGUGACGACGCUGACGCUGCUGUUCUGCCGCUAUCUGCGUAUCGGCCAGAGCUGGAACUUCAAUGCGACGCUCUGGUCCCUGGGCGUUCACACAGCUUUGGCGCUGUCCCACUUUGUUGCCUCGGGUUUGGUGCUGGCGCUGGACAUUGGCGCCUAUACAGCAGCAGCGUUCUUUGGAUUAACCAUAUUUAGCAUUAAUGCUCUGGAGGCAUAUUCCUACUACAAGCGCAGUCGGCAGAGAGAUGUGGCCACCCAAACGGUCUAAUCACAAACCAAGCCAAUGGGCUGUGUGUGGAAACCAAGAAGCUGACGCGAUAUUUGUGCAUAAUCUUAAGCUAUUAUCAAUCGAAUGACUGUCUAUGUGUGUUAUUAGUUAAAUAAAGUCUGAGUUUGCUAGUUAAGCCAAAA